AUGUCUUCGGACCCAAAACCACAAGCGCGCAAGCGUGGUCGGCCCGCAAACGCGUCCAAAUCUCCCACCAACAGCGCGUCACAAGAUCGUCCCGACGAGUACGAGGCCGAUAACGAAGAACCUGUGCUACCGAAGCAACGAGGGCGACCAAAGAAAUUAGCGCAAGAGGAUGCAACAGAAGAGACAGUAGCUCAGGAAGGUAAACCUCGAAAGAAGCGCGGCCGACCAUCUCUAGAAGAUAAGAAUACGGAAAAGACAAUAGAAGAUGCGCCACGACGGAAGAAAAAACGCGGUCGGCCCUCGCUUGAGAGAAAUCAGGAGGAACAGGAACCAGAGCCCGAAGCAGUGGUGGAUGAGGUGCCGCAGAAACGAAAGCGCGGUCGUCCUUCGCUCGGAAAGAACAAAAAUAACGAUGCGCCUGAGCCUGAGCCUGAACAGGAAGGUGUAGAGGAAGAGGCGCAAGCGAAGAAAAAGCGCAGCCGUGCUAAGAAGAACCAAGAGAUUGAAGGACCGGAGCAGCAGGCAGCAGAGAACGAAAAGCAACCGAAGAGAAAACGCGGCCGACCCUCGCGCGAAAAGGAUCAGAACGAUAAAGAGCCUGAGCAAGAAGUGGCAGAAAGUUCUGAGAAGCCACGGCGCAAGAAAAAGACAAAGGGAGACCAAGCAGAACAGCCAGACGAGCAGCAAGAAGAGGAACCUGAACCAGAGCCCGAAGAAGCUCAACCAGCUCAUCGCAAAAAGCGCCAACGCAAAGCGCCAGAGCCGGAACCCGAGGAACAAGACCCAGAGGAAGAGGAACAUCAGGUCACACGGAGCCCACGAAACUCCCUGGACAAUGGCAGGGGAGAUGUGAAUAAGAAGAGGCGCAAGGCGGAUAAGUCCAAGAAGACGGCCCGCGCAUCGCAAGGAAACGCAGAGGAUCAGCAGCCCGAUGAAACUACCAAGCGCGGACGACAAAGAGGGAGGAAGCCGCCAGCUAAAGAGGCCGACGAACCUGAACCAGAACAAGAACAAGAACAAGAACAAGGACAAGACAGCAAGAAGAAGAAGAAGAAGCGCCAGAACAAGAAUGACGCGCCCUCCGAUUCGGAUGAAUCCCUUCCCUCCCCACCAAAACCGUAUCUUCACAUCGCCCCUUUCAAGCGCACCAUUCGCUCCUCCCAUAUCGCCGCAAAGUGGUCUCCCCUAACUGGAUCAUCACUCCCUGCAGCAACAUCCAUCCUUACACUCGCCCAGCGACCCAUCCUGCAGCGAACAGCUACCACCCGCAACCGACGUGACCAUGCGACCGCGGCCCUGAACCUCGUUUCCCGCCGUAUAGAGCGCAAACUCGACCGUGGUGUCCCCUUCCCACCAGCGUCAUCAGCGACGAGUACUCGGCGCCGCGCAGAUGCAGACGGGGGUCGCGCAAUGGAGCUUGAUUUCGAAGCAGUGCUUGACGGGAAACAGGCGUUGGAGAGACAGCUCCACCCUGGAAAGCAUGCGGUGGAGUUGUUGAAGGCCGAAAGGGAUAGAAUGGAAAAGGAGCUUGAGGAUGACUAUGAGGUGUUGAGAGGCUUAGAGGCAAAUGCGAGAGCGCAGACGAGAGAGCGCAAGGAUCUGUUCCGGAAAGCGCAUGUUCUGGCACCAACCUCACCACCUAAGAAUCAGGGCCAUGGUACACAAUUCGUGGCCAACAAAGAUGAGGAGAGCCUCAAAGAAUUACUCGAUACAUCCCUCGAACCUCUUGCUCUUCAACUCGCCGGCCACGUUGAUAGCAUCCGUGGAAACUUUCAGCAGGCUGAGGGUGUCACGCCGCAACUCAACCGUACAAAGGCAGCGUUACAAGACGUGUUGCAGCAAUAUUUGGACAGCGAUAUGUAUGAGCAGGUCCUCCUUGGAUAA